AUGCCUGAAUCAUUGAAGAUGGACACGACGGCUCUCGUCUGUGCCAUCAUUGGCAUCCUGAUUUUCUCUAUCAACGUCCUAAUCUUGAUUUUGCGGCUUAAAACCCGGAAGGAAUUGCGCCCUCAGGGCUCGCCGUACUUUCGUGGCUGGGAUAACUGGUUCGCGAUCAUUGCAACACUUUUCACCUUCGCCGUGGUAGUGCUCGCGGUACAAGGGUUCGCGGGCGGUAUCGGGUACGAUUUGAACCCUGAGUCCGAGAUCUACACUGUUCGUGAGUACAGCAGCCACUACGAGUCUAGACAUGUCAACACUCUAACAGUAACAGUGAUAGAUCAUUUGCCGGCCUUGCUGCAGUGGAUCAACUAUUGCUCUAUCCUGGCCAUAUCCUGCGUUGCUGCUUGGCUUGUAGCAUCCGUCACCGUCCUUGUGCUUGUGUUCAUCAAUCCCAUGCGAAUCCCGUGGAUCGAACAGCGACCCGGCUUGGAAGUUCUCAUUUUCACACACAUGAUUACCGAGGUCUUGAUCGCAAUACUUCCUCUCUAUCCCGUAUGGAAGUUAAAUAUGAAAUCUUCCGAUAGGAUGAAGACGAUCGCUUGGUUCUCGAUAGGCUUGGUCGAAAGAAAGCCGGUUGGCCAUGAGGGCCACCAAGAACAGCAUGAAAUGCAGGUCCUUUCGAGCUCUACCAGACGCUCUAGCAAUUGCCACAGCGGGGCGCUUGCUCGCGUCGAUAAUGAUGGACCCUAUGUUGUUGCCUUACAGGGUAACCGAUCAAGAAAUACCCUUGGAUGUGCAUGUUCCGUCUAUCCAAAUUUCCUCGUCUCGCUAGAGGGUGCUGGUUUUGACCAGGAGUUACGGCCUAAGAACCCGACAACCUUGAACCUCUGCCUUGAACACAGUCGGUUUAUAUCUUCGUUUUCAUCCUUGCAAAAAUUAAUAAGCUGGUCGAGGUCCAUCACCACCUCCGCUACUGGAACACUCCAGGGCGAGAAUACCCUCGAGGCUCUGCUGGGCAUUACUCACAAUCCAGUGCGUGUGCAAACCGUCUUCAUGCCGUUAGUUAAUCGCAGGUCAGAAAAGGCGAACUUCUAG